AUUGGGAGUUAUUACUGGCAUAUAUAAUGUACAUUAUGAUAUGGUUUUAAACCAACGACUUUUAAUACGUAAAUGUUCAUAGAUAGUUUAUCCUAGGCUCAGCGCGUAUUAGCUCAGUAAUCGCAACUCUAUUUAUAUCAUUAGGAUAUUAAGUUUCCCGGAGUUUUGUCGUAAUAAUGGUGCUACCCUUAACACUUUUGAGAGCUGGUAAAAAUCAGCCAACGUUAAUCGAAUUGAAGAAUGGAGAAACAUAUAGCGGGAUUUUGGAGUCUUGUGAUGCCUUUAUGAACAUACACAUGCUAAACGUCGUCUGCACUUCAAAGAGUGGGACCGACUUCUGGAAGUUAAAUGAGUGUUACAUCCGUGGAAAUAACGUAAAAUCCCUGAGACUCCCAAACGAGGUAGCUGAACUCGCAAAGGAAGAGUCAAAACCAGCUGCAAAGCCAAAUGCUGUGGCAUACUCUGGGAGAGGACGAGGUAAGGUGUUAGGGGACCCACGGGUGACACGUUAAUGUGCAGGAAGAGGCGACCACAUGGGAUUCCGCGGUAGAAAACCACAUUCCCUUCACAAUAGCAGUAGAAAAUAGUUUGUUAUAUGGAAUCAGUUUUAAUUCUUACUCCACUUU